GAGACGACACACACACACUUACACACGACGCCACGAAGCAGUCAGCAAAGAGCCUGCCACGCUUGCUCCGAGCCGCAGGUUUUGCCGACCCCUGAUCUGGCUCUCCUGUACCACAGUGCUGCCAACAUGCGCAUGGAACAUCCAAUAGAAUCUCUAUAUACCACGCCACGGGGGCAAGGGAGCUGUCGCGUGUGCUUAUCGUACGCGCGCGUGUGCCGGGCUCGUGAAAAGUGUUGCCUGCCGAGGGCUGAACGCCGAUUUAAUUCGCACCUCCGUGCCAGGAUUUUCCUCCCGGCGACCCGUGCCCGUGAUCCCCCCCCCCCCCCCCCCCGCCCGCACACUCAAGGCACACAUUGGCAAGUGGACGUAUUUAAGGAACAACAUCAAGGAUCGUUUAAGACACCCCCCCCCCCGCACCGAAUCAAAAAAGCAGAAGCAAUAACCUCGGCGUCACACGUGGAGGUGGGUUGGAAGGGGACGCCACUCGAUCACUCGCUCGCUCGUCCAGACAGAGGCAUAAUCCCAGCGUCGGCUUUCUCGGGUUUGCUGGAGGCAAGUGCCGUGCAGUUCGAAAGCCAGGACACGAACACGCGAGCGCACACCGUGAGAGUAAAUAAACACGCCGACAUUACAGUCGCUCUAAGGGAGACUCAGCAAGGAGACAAGAAAGCGAUGGUGUCCCGGUACAGCCCCGUGGUCUUCUUCAUCACGAGCCUCUGCAGCUGCGCUUCCCAGCCGGGCUGGAGAGCGGCUGACGGCGCGGCGACGACCCUCGAACAGCAGCAACGCCUGAGCCACGACGAGCCUCUUGUGAGCCACCUCUCCAGGGUGAGCCACGCGGUCACCUCGAUCGCCACCACCAUCGGCACCACCAGCAGCAGCAGCAGCGACAUCGGCAGCAGAAGCGGCACCUUGCGUGAAGGCGCGGAUCGCAGCGGCGGGGAGGCGAGGGAGCCGCGUGUCGGGUCUCUACGGCGCUGGAGGAGGGCGAUGGAGCUUGCGGGAGCAGGUCCGGAGGCCGGGCGGACGGAGCUGGGGAACCUGCGGGUGCUCGUGGCUUCUCUGGCCCAGGAGAACUUGCGAAUGGGCCAGGAGCAGCGCAGGAACACGGCAGCGCUGCUGCGGCUGCGCGAGGCCUCCGAAAAGCAGCUGGCGACCAUCGCUGACACGAGGAAGCACAUGCAAGCUCUGGAGCUGAGGCUCAAGACAAUGACGGGCGCAGAAACCAAAGGGAACGUCUCGACUCCGGACGAGGGGGCCCAGCAGCUGUCCGCCAUUGCGCACAGGCUCGAAGCGCUGCCCCUGCGCUGUCAGUGGGGGCGCAAGUUCGGCAUGUACUGCUUCGAGCUCCUCAAGCAGCGGAGGAGCUUCGCGGAUGCGGCGCAGUUCUGCGCCAACCGCCGCGGCGCCCUGGCGAUGGUGAAGGACGCCGCGACGCAGCGCUUCCUGAGCGGGUACAUCAAGCAAACGCAGGACACGUCCUACUGGAUCGGGCUCAGCGACAAGGCGGCGGAGGGCACCUUCGCGUGGGUCGAUGGCUCUCCGCUGCGGGGCGCCUGGCGCAACUUCUACGCCGGCGAGCCCGCGGGCGAGACCCCCAACGAGGACUGCGUGCACAUCACCACCUCGAAAUACAAGCACCGCUGGAACGACCUCGACUGUCGCGUCAUGCUGCCCUUCAUCUGCCAGUACUAGGGGGCCCCCCCGGGCGACGGUCCACAGUUCUGGCCGGUGGGGGGGGAG